CUAGCUAUUAAAGGUUCUUUCACAGCCCUCUCUCUCUCUCACUCCCGCUCAGUCUAGCCUCGAACAGCUUCCCGCAAACACACUCACAAACACGCAGUAAAUCCCUCAAAAACCCUAACAACUAGCACAAGUAAAAGAAACCCACUUGAAAGCUGUUGCCAGAGAGCAAAACCCACAUUUUUUUUAACGGUUGGAUAAGGAAUGGAGAGUCAAGAGUUGAUGGAGGGUGAGAGAGUGGAUGAAGGGAAUGUGAGUGGAUUGGAUGGGGAUGAGGGGGAGCAAGCGGGGCUUGGUGAAAAUGUAGGGGAGAAUUUGGAGGAUGAGCUGUUGGUGGAUUUGGAUACUUAUUUGGAUGAUAUCGAUGACCGACUGAUGAUUUCACGGAUGGUUAGUGACUCUGUUAUUAAGGGAAUGGUGAAUGCGGUGGAGCAAGAGGCAGCUGAGAAAAUUGCUGCAAAAGAACUCAAGGUGGCCAACAUAAAGGAGAUUUUGAAAUUUCAUAACGUGGAUUUUGACGCUAUUGAGUCUUUUGGGCCAUCCAUGAUAGAGGAUGAGCUGGAAAGUAUUCGUAGUGGGAGGGGUGUGACUUUUGAGGAGGCUUGCUCAGUGCAUGAUAAGAUGGGGGAGUCCUUGAAAGGCCUAAGUAGUAUAGUAAGAGAGCAAUUUAAGAACCUUGAGAAGGGAAUUGAUGGUGCUAGAGGCUGUAGUUCAAUUAAGAGCAUUAAUUCUGGUUCAGAGUUGGUAGGACUAGGUGGUGUUCUGUGGGAGAAGGAAUCUGAAAGCUGGGUUGAUGUAGAUAGGAUGUUAGACAGUUUGAAUAUGACACUAGAAAACAUCUGUUAUCAGGCAUAUGACAUGUUAAGGUUGUCCAAGUCAACCCUUAGUCAGUGGCAUUGGGAGAGAGACUUGCAAGAAGAACUUGAGAAUAUGGUCAUGCACAGUUCAAUUCAUACUAUUCAGGAAGAGUUUGAGCAAAAACUCUGGAGUGAAAGUGCUCUGUUAAGUGGCAGUCAAAGUGUUGAUUGGAUCGAAAAGUUCAGUCAAAUUUCUGAUGUACGCAAGGAACUAGCUGCCAUGUUAAAGUCAUUGUCCCAUUCAGAAACAGAGCAACUAUCAUCCCAUGGAUCUCAUGAUGCAGAUCAUUUCCACCGCAGGGCCUUGAGCAACCACAUUAAUUCCUCAUCAUCUCUUGGGGACGGAAAUGGAAAGUUAGAGGGUUCUUCAACAGAUGUGCCCGAGAACCAUGAAGCAGUUCAACUGAAACACCUGAACAAGGAAGAACUGGUGGCUCAUUUCAAUAAUAUCAUAACAAAGUUGAGGAGAGACCAUGAAUCAACUGUGGCUGAGCUGACUGAGGAUUAUUUUAGUCUAAAAAGGGAAUACCUUAAAGAAAGGGGUUCCUGUUUGCCACACAAGAAGGAUAAGGAAUUUGAUCUAUUAAGGAAAAGGAUCCCAGCAGUUAUUCUGAAAUUGGAUGACAUCCUUGCGGAAAAUGAAAAACCACCUGCAUCUAAUAGUAAUACUGGAAGUUUCCAUGAUUUAAAAGACAGACCUCUUGGCCUGCUCUCUGGAAAUCAUCAACUAAAAGACUCACUUAGAGACAGGAAAAAUGAGGUGAAGCUUCUGUCAUCCCAAGUUGCUGAUGCUGCUGAAAAAAAGUUGGAGCAUUCAAUAGUUGAGGCCAACUCUGCUUUGGAAGAUGCACAUAUAGAAGCUGCAGUUAUUGAAGAUAUAUAUAAAUGUGUUGUAAGUGAGAUAGCAAGAUGCAUGAAAUGUGCAACUGAAGAAUCAGACCUGAAGUAUUUAAUAACGCAGGAGGUUUAUGAUAUUGUUUUGAAGGGAGUUGUUGCCAAAGCUGAAGUUGCACCAACAUUUGAAUUUGAAGAUUCUGAAUUAGAGUCAUUAAUUGCAGAAGGAAUCUUUGAUGUAUUACUUAGAGAAUCUCUUAAGAAUGCUGUUGAAGAACUCGAUACAUGGUAUGGGAAAUAUUUGACAGAAAGUCAAAGUCGAAGAUCUCUUGAGGUGAAGGCUGUGGAAAAAGAUAAUCAAUUGAAAUCAGAGGCUGAACAUCACAAAAGACUGAAGCAAGAAUUAGCAGUGUCAGUGCAAGAGAAAGAGAAGUUUGCAAUGGACAUUUCAAAAGAGAGAGAGUGGUUUGAGUUAGCUACUCAAGAGCUUAGAAGAGAUGCAAGUCAGCAGAAACUACUAGUUUCUCAGAGAACUAAUGAAUUGGAAUUGGUAGGGGACCAAUUGGCAGAAGCAUCAUCACAAAUUGAAGCAGAUAAAGUGAAAAUCCAGAUAUUGAAUGAAAAACUCAAAGAAGCGUAUCAGGAUUUAGAGGAGGCUGACAAGCAAAGAAAGAUGGAACUUGCUCUAAACCAAGAAAAGCAUGCAAGUUUCUUACAGAUGAAAUCUAAAGAAAGGGAACAGAUGGAAGCGGUAAUUGUUGAUGUCCAAGGGCUGUUGAAGAUGCUUGCAGAUUUUGAAUGCAAAGUAACAGGGAAAAUGAAAGCAAAUAGCCUGAGGGUCGAAGAUUCGUCUUCUCAAUUGAAUUCUCUGGUCAAGAAAGCUAACUUGCUUAAAAGGACAGGGCGCGUGUAUCAGCAGAGGCUUGAGAGGAAAUGUGCACAUCUUCAAAAGGCUGAGGCUGAGGUUGAUCUUUUGGGUGAUAAGGUGGAUAAGCUUCUCAACUUGCUUGAGAAGAUAUACAUUGCCCUAGAUCACUACUCUCCAGUUUUACGACAUUAUCCCGGGGUUAUGGAGACCCUUAAACUCAUUAGACGAGAAUUAACUGGAGAAUCGAUGAAGCAACGACAAUUUUCCCCAUGCUAAGGGUGUCUCCUAAAGGGUUGUAUAUUUCUUCUGGUGAGCAGAAUCAAACAUCAUUGCAUGCUGCUCCUGCUGCUGCUAGUUUUUGGGUUCGCAUGGAACCAAUUCCAAGCCAAUCAAUCCUCUUUGUCGAGAGCACAAUCUUUUUUAACCCUUACUUUUAAGGGAGGUAUUUUGCAGUUACGAUGGUGGAACAUUAAUUACUCAUAGAAAGCACCUGCGGCUGCAACAGAACGGCGGAUGCCAAGAAUCCCAAGUUACACUGUCUAACCUGAUAUGUGGUGCAGAAAUCAAUUUUGUUGUGUAAUUAUUUAAAGGUGUAUCAUCAACUAUUGUAGCCAAAAGUUUCUUAGUCUCAAUAGCAGUCUAUAGUAGUAACAUUUCUUUUCUUUUUGCUUGACCAGUCGACUGUAAAGCAUUUACUGUAAAUUUCUGUGAAUGAUGUAUAAAAAUAUGGUUUACUACACCGUCUACCUUGAUGGCUGCU